AUGAUGUUGAGCUUGGUGUUAGCUUCGUGGGAACAAAGCGUGAUGACAGAAGUUUCUUCAGCAGCAGGAGAUGGUGAUGGUGUUGGUGAUGAAUUCGGGUCGGGUUACUUUUUAAAGAUGGCUUACUACUUGUUUCAAACAAAUGGAUCGGGUUACGAGCAUGUUUGGCCUGAAAUGGAAUUUGGGUGGAAAAUUGUUGUGGGUAGCGUCGUUGGGUUCUGUGGAGCAGCAUUUGGGAGUGUUGGCGGAGUUGGAGGUGGUGGUAUAUUUGUUCCCAUGCUUACCCUUAUUAUCGGAUUUGAUCCUAAAUCUGCAACUGCUAUUUCCAAAUGUAUGAUAAUGGGGGCAGCAGGCUCAGCUGUUUACUACAAUCUUAUGCUAAGGCACCCAACACUUGAUAUGCCCAUCAUCGACUACGAUUUGGCACUGCUUAUCCAACCAAUGCUAAUGCUAGGAAUUAGUAUUGGAGUUACAUUCAAUGUCAUUUUCUCUGAUUGGAUGGUCACAGUUUUGCUAAUUGUUCUCUUCAUAGGCACCUCCACCAAAGCCUUCUGCAAAGGCGUUGAAACAUGGAAAAAAGAAACGAUAAUGAAAAAGGAGGCUACCAAACGCUUGAAGACCAAUGGAAGUGGUGCCGAUAUAGAAUACAAACUUCUUCCUGGUGAUGGGAAUCCUGAAAAAUCAUUGGAACAAGAGAUCACAAUCUUUGAGAAUGUUUAUUGGGAGGAACUUGGGCUUCUUCUCCUUGUUUGGGUCUCCUUCCUUGUCCUGCAGAUUGCAAAGAAUUAUACCUUUACUUGUUCAAUAUGGUAUUGGGUGCUGAAUUUGCUGCAGAUUCCUAUUUCUUUUGGGGUAUCCGGGUAUGAGGCAGUUAGUCUGUACAAGGGAUAUAGAAAAAUAUCAUCCAAGGGAGAUUCAGGCACCAACCUUCGAGUAGGCCAAUUGGUGUCGUAUUGCUCUUGCGGCAUUCUGGCUGGUCUAGUUGGUGGCCUACUUGGUUUAGGUGGAGGUUUCAUCAUGGGUCCACUCUUUUUGGAGCUUGGAGUUCCUCCACAGGUUUCAAGUGCCACUGCGACCUUCGCUAUGCUAUUCUCGUCGUCUAUGUCUGUUGUAGAGUAUUACCUUCUGAGACGUUUCCCCGUUCCUUAUGCUUUGCACUUUCUUGUUGUGGCCACAAUUGCUGCUUUCAUCGGGCAACAUGUCGUAAGAAAGCUGAUUAUCCUAUUGGGACGGGCAUCACUCAUCAUAUUCAUCCUCGCAUUCACCAUAUUUGUUAGUGCAAUCUUAUUAGGUGGAGUUGGAAUCUCAAACAUGAUCGGGAAAAUUGAACAACAAGAAUACAUGGGCUUCGAGAACUUAUGUAUGUAUGAGGUUUAA